AUGAGUCCCGAGGGUAUCUUCUCUCCAAGUCGAAUCGUGAGCGCCAGGCGUGCCCGGGCCUGGUGCUGCGGCCGCGGUCCCGGAAGCGAUCAACUGAUCGAAGUGGCAGUCGAGCGCGGAGCAUGGCGUCGACGACCGGCGGGUCCAGCGCGUCAUCCCAUGGGGUGCCACCAAAGCCGAAAAGGCGUGCGGAAAAGGAGAGUGAAAAGGGUCGAGCGAGCGACGCGGGCAUCGUUGACCAUGCUCGCUGCGCGGCCGGGCGGUUCCGAAGUGCGGAUCACGGCCUGGCGAAGCUCUCCCCAGGCCGCCUUGCGCCGGACGGCAUCCAGCAGGCUCGCCGACCGCUGUGGCGGCACUUGGCGCCGCCGUGGUCCACCGUCGCUGGAGAGCAUCCACGGUCGUUGCAGGCUACGAAGCCUCACCUCGAUUGGACAGCACAGGCGUUCUGUCGACAAGCGGCGGAGGUGCAAGAGGACGACGCCCUUCCCGCAGCGGCGCGCACGACAGUCCGUGGCGCGACUGGAAGAUGGCACGCUCACGUUGCUCAGCGCGGCGAGGUCACCCCAGGCCAAUUGGCGGUCGCGACGACGCGGCGAGGUCGGUCGUCAGUCCAUCACUCUGCUACUCUGGACACGGCGCCCGGGAUGUUGA